GUUUGUCCGGCCACGAAGCGCGAUGACAGGGAUCCCCUGCCGUGGCUGCCAGUACUUCAACCUGCCCAUCAUGAACAAGUGCGUCAUGUGCAAGGCGUCCAUGCCACCCGAUAGCGAGAAGGUCCAGAUCCUCUACGAGCAGGUUCAGCGGCUCGAGACGCAGCUCGCUUCGUACGUCAACGCCGAGGUCGGCCCACCAAGCGUCGCGCCGCCGCCGCCGCCGCCGAGCGAGAAGCUGCCGCCGAGCGAGAAGCUGCCGCCGAAAGCGCGCAUGGUCUUCUACAACAAGCGCGACCAGUACUUUCGAGAUCCAAUCCUGAUAGCCCAGCGCCUCGAUGCGACGCGCAACCAUACGCCCGUGCCCUUUUCGGGCCAGCGGCAGCUCUCGUGCGUGUGGUGCUGUCGGGCCAAGCACGUGACGGACAAAGCGCCGCACUCGCGCCACGGCUGCAAGACGAGCGUCCACUGCGCCGAGUGCAAGGUUGCGCUCUGCCAGCGCGACCGCGGCAACGGCGGUGUCUCGUGCUUUGAACAGUUUCACGCCGCGCACGCGCUCAACAACCCGUGCCAACUUGGUAGUAGCAGCAGUAGUAGCAGUAGUGGUACCGUCGCGCUCGCCAGUAGCAGCAGCAGUCUCCUCCUUCCCGCCAAUAGCGUCCUCGCCAGCGCACCAACGACCGUCGCCCGGCGAAAGAACCUGUCGGUCGCCAAGGUCCCGCGCGUCCGCUCCAAGAGCGCCUAUGUGCUGACAACGCUGCCGCCGCCCAAAGCCUAUGCGUCUAUUUAAACGCAACAUGUGUGGCGUUCUUCUUGCA